CGACGACGUCGAGUUGGCGGCGGAGAAAGACUCGGCAUUCAGGCGAGCCGCCCGGUGGUGUGGUGCGUAGUGGGUUUAGUACGCUCCGCCAAAACGGCUCCGAAACAAACAAAAAGGUGCGUGCCGCACUCACAAGGGACUGCCAGUGAUAUACUGGAGGAAGGUGGGGAUGACGUCAAGUCCGCAUGGCCCUUACGGGCUGGGCCACACACGUGCUACAAUGGGAAUUACAAUGGGAAGCAAGGCUGUAAGGCGGAGCGAAUCCGGAAAGAUUGCCUCAGUUCGGAUUGUUCUCUGCAACUCGAGAACAUGAAGUUGGAAUCGCUAGUAAUCGCGGAUCAGCAUGCCGCGGUGAAUAUGUACCCGGGCCCUGUACACACCGCCCGUCACACCCUGGGAAUAGGUUUCGCCCGAAGCAUCCGACCAAUGAUCACCCAUGACUUCUGUGUACCACUAGUGCCACAAAGUCUUUUGGUGGUCUUAUUGGCGGAUACCACGGUGGGGUCUUCGACUGGGGUGAAGUCGUAACAAGGUAGCCGUAGGGGAACCUGUG